GACACCUCGUGCAGGGACACGCGCGCGCUCGAUCUCGCACGGAUCAUCAUCAGUUUCAGUUUCACGCGGCGAUCAGCUCGCGCGCUUGGGCAAACCAUGUCCGCUUGCUUCGGCGCUGUGCCGACGGGGGCCAGCUACCGCUCGUCCUCGCGGCGGCCGGGUGGCGGCGGCAGGAGGCCGUGGCGGUGGUGGCGCGCCAAGUGCGCCGGCAUCGCCGCGGCCGUCGGGUCGAGGAUCCGGAGGUCCAUCAGGGGCAUCGACGGCCGCCGCCACCGUUGGCGCGCGACGCCGUCGUCGUCCUCCGUGCACGCGCAGAGCGGCCGGUGGUGCCACCACCGCCGGAGCUUCGCGCCGGUCUACGUCGACGAGCUCUACAGCCACCACCACCAGCCAGCCAAGGCCGCCCUCCGCGUCGUGCGGGCGGAGGAGUCGCCGAGCGCCAGCGACGACGCCAAGCUGACAGCGGCCGUAGCGGCGCCACCGCCCGUCGCGCACGCCGCCGUUCGCGCCAUGGGCAGCAAGGCCGCCGACGCCAGCAGUGUCCCUGCACGCGCGGGCGCAGCAGCUGGCAACGGCGCGCGUGCCAGCAGCGGCAAGCAGCAGGCCGCUGCCGCGGGUGUUGUUGGCGGCGCGAUGAGAAACGUGCUGCUGAGGAGCCCCGGCAGCAUGGGCGGUGGCGUGCUCGGGGUGGUGAAGGGGAUGGGGGAGGUGGACCUCAGGGCCGAGCUCUUCAUCAGGAAGUUCAAGGAGGACAUGCGGCUGCAGAGCCAGCGCUCGGCCGAGGAGUUCCAGGCCAUGCUCGCCAGGGGCCUAUGACAUUUCACUAUUUGCUUUGCUCGCCAUCAUUACUAUUACUUAGUAGCAAAUUAGCAUAGCGUAGGGGAUUAUUGAUCAAAUGGUGUUCAUAGCUAGUAGCAGUUUGGAUAAAAUUUGUGGUUUUAAAAAAAAGGAUUUGGAGGCAAGAUGAUCAUAUUGUGAGAGCCAGAUUUCAUU